AAUUUAGCUUCACGCAACCGGAAGAAGCCGAAGUGUAACUUCCUGGAAACAAAGAAAACACCACCGUCCAAACGUAUCGAUUACUGAUUGAUCAGUUUUGAGGGAACGUCGCAGGCUUGUCGGUGUAUGUCAGCGGUAACUCUCCGGUAACGGUAACGGCACUUUAAAUAUCUGCUGCGGAGAUAAAACGGCUCGAACUGCCGCUGUUAGCUUUGCUGCUGUUAGCCUAGCCUAGCAGAGUCAGCACAGUUGUACCCGGACCGGACAGGGUCAGGACCUUUUCCAACAUGGGAGCCCACCGCAGUGAGGGGGGCCGGGACUGGUUAGAGCAGGACGGGCCGGAGCAGCCGGAGCAGAGCCCGAAGCCAUGGAACCUGAUGAUAAAACACAGACAAAUUCACAGACGAGGACGACGCUCACACAUGGCAGUCAGUUACACUGAUCCUCAGGUUUCCAUGGACCUGCUGAGGGCGGUGCUUCAGCCCAGCUUCAACGAUGACAUCAUGGCUGUGUUCAAGAAGUACCACAAGUUCUUUGAGAAAGCGGCAGAGAAUGUGAAGGAGAACGUUGGCGAUGAUGUCCAGACCGAUCAGCUGAUCAAAGAGGCCUGCAGGAACGUUCUGGAACAUGCCAAACAGCUGUUUCCAGAGGUAGAGGUGAAGAGGGCGGGGCCUGAGGUGCCCAUCAAGAGGUCUAGAGUUGCUGAUGAAGAUUACAGCCAGCGAGGAAGCCCCCUCCCCAAGAAGAGGAGGACACGUCCAGGUGCGGCAGCCAUCUCUUCUGAUCGACAGCACACCUUCUCCACUCAAGUGAAGCUCAAGUCUGAUCCCAUCAAGAGAGAAGGACCAAAGUGGGAUCCAUCCAGACUGAGCGACAGCAGCACGUUUGUUCUCGGCUCCAGAGCCAACAAGGCCCUGGGGAUGGGCGGGACCAGAGGACGUAUCUACAUCAAACAUGCUGAUCUGUUUAAGUAUGCAGCAGAUGCGAAGGAUAAGCAGUGGUUGGCAGAGAGACACCACAUGAGAGCAACGGGAGGGAAGAUGGCCUACCUGCUGAUCGAGGAGGACAUCCAGGAUUUGUCUCGCAGUGACGAGUACAAGGACUGUCCAGAUGUCAGGAUGGACGAACUGAAACCGUUCUCUGUUCCUGUGUGGAUGGUGGAGAAGAUGCAGAGAGCCAUGGAGGCUCAGAGAGAGGCUGACCUCUGACCUCACACUGAUCAUGUGACCAGCAGGCUCUCAUCUGAUUGGCUGCUUCUAUUGUUUUUCUUCUUACUGCUGUUUUUUAAAAAAUAAAUAAAACUGUGUUCACCUCCUAAACUGAACUCAACACAAUAUGAAUACUCCAACAGUAAAGAGCAGAGGGUCUGAAGCUUGAUUACAUUAUGAUGAAUUGAUCACCAUUAACGACUGAUUAUGUCGCUCUGAUGUCACAGGAAGUCACCAUGUAAUAAAUCAAUGAAACAUC